AUGGAUAUUGUGAAGGGAAAGUGGACGAAGAAUCUGAUCAUCAAGGCGUGGAAGCGAUGCAGUACUUUACCGAAACAAAUCAGCAGCAGAGCGUCAGCAGCUGCUUCAUUGAAGAGGAGCAAAUCAUGGAGCUCCAGUACUGGCACUACUUGCAAGCAGCAGAAGAACAAGGCCAAGGCAUGCCAAAUCGCUCCGGUUGGGUGUUUCACGGUCUACGUUGGACCCGAAAGGGAGCGAUUUGUGGUGAGGAUGGAGUUUGUUAAUCAUCCAUUGUUCAAGAUGCUGCUGGAAGAUGCAGCAUUGGAGUAUGGGUACAAAUUUGAUGGCCCUAUCUUGCUUCCUUGCCAUGUGGAUCUGUUCUGCGAUGUCUUAGCAGAGAUGGAGAGCGAUGAUAUUGAUGAGAAUAUGAUCGGUACUCCCAGUAAUUGUUCUCCGAUAAGCUUCAGGCCUGCCCGUCGUAGAAAUUGUGGCAGCAACAGAGGUUACGGUGGAGCUUAUAGAAUACUUGCUCCAACAUCGUCGUUCUCAUCACUUUGA